GAGGCGGCUCUGGGCCUAUUGCCAUCCAUUUUGCUUUCCCACUAAUUGCAGCUUUGAUCCAAUGUAUUCAACAGUUCCCACUUUUUUCUCGAGAUUGAAGCCUUCGACAGCCCCGUCACGCCCAGCCGGACGUCGCCUCCCGUCUUCUCCAAGCCGAUGGACUCCAACAUCCGCCCAUGCGCGUCGGCAAAUUCCGAAGAUAUGGAUUCGCCACAGUCUCUCCAGGAUGAUAUGACGGAAUAUACCCCCAACGCAGACAGCUAUUGCGUCAACUCCUCCCCAAACACUCGGCCAAACAGCUGCCGGAAAAAACUGAAGAAAUAUCUGUUCCGGGCCGUGUCAGAGGGCAACAUCGAAGAGCUGCAGCGUCUCCUCGUCGAACUGAAAGAUCGAUCCCACGCUUGCAGAAACCUGACGGUCCAAGACUAUCUGAUGAAAAAAAUGACGUCUGCAGACACAGGCAAGACCUGCCUAAUGAAAGCCUUGUUAAACAUCAACCAGAACACGAAGCAAAUUGUGAACAUCCUCCUUGCGUUUGCAGAAGAAAACCUUAUUUUAGAAAGCCUCAUUAAUGCGGCGUAUACGGAGGAGGCAUACAAAGGACAGACGGCACUGAAUAUUGCGAUAGAGAGGCGGCAGUAUGACAUUACUCAGACCCUGAUUGAGAAAGGGGCGGAUGUCAACGCGCAUGCCGAGGGCGUGUUCUUCAAUCCAAAACACAAGCACGAAGGCUUUUAUUUUGGUGAAACGCCCCUGGCGUUAGCCGCCUGCACCAACCAGCCGGACAUUGUCCAGCUGUUGAUGGAUAACAGAAAGACGGACAUCAUGUCACAGGACUCCAGGGGAAACAACAUCUUGCACGCGCUGGUGACCGUGGCGGAAGACUUCAAGACGCAGAACGACUUUGUUAGGAGGAUGUACGAUGCCAUCCUCCUGAGAAGCAGAAGCCGCGAUUUGGAGACCAUGAAGAACAAGGAUGGCUUGACCCCGCUGCAGCUGGCGGCGAAAACCGGAAAGUUGGAGAUCUUGAAAUACAUCCUGAGCCGAGAGAUCAAAGACAAACCCAUCAGGAGCCUCUCCAGGAAGUUCACCGACUGGGCUUACGGCCCCGUCCAGUCGUCCCUCUACGACCUGACGGAACUGGACACCACCUCGGACAACCCUUUACUGGACAUCAUCGUCUACAACACGAAUAUUGGGAACCGCCAUGAAAUGCUGGCGCUGGAGCCCCUGCAUUCCCUCCUGCGGAUGAAGUGGAAGCGCUUCGCCCGGCACAUGUUCUUCCUGUCGUGCUGCUUCUACUUCAUCUACAACACGGUCCUGACGCUGAUCUCCUACUACCGGCCCGAAACGGAAAUGCUUCCGCCGUAUCCUUUAGUGUUGACCGACAACCUGGGCUGGCUGCACUUGUCAGGCCAAGUGACCGUGAUGCUGGGGGCCAUAUUUAUCGCGAUCAAAGAGAGCGUAGCCAUUUUCUUGCUGAGGCCGUCUGAUCUCCAAUCAAUCCUCUCCGACGCCUGGUUCCAUUUUGCAUUUUUCAUCCAAGCGGCUCUGGUGAUUUUCUCCGUCUGCUUGUACCUGUUUUCUUACAAAGAGCACCUGGCCUGCCUCGUCCUGGCGAUGUCCCUGGGGUGGGCCAACAUGCUGUAUUUCACCCGGGGCUUGCAGUCCAUGGGGAUUUAUAGCGUGAUGAUCCAGCAGGUCAUCUUGCACGAUGUGAUCAAGUUCAUUGCGGUAUAUCUGGUAUUUCUGCUCGGAUUUGGCGUAGCCCUGGCAGCCUUGAUCGAAUCGUGUCCGGAAGGCAGCAAAUGCAGCAACUACAGUACCUUAGGCAGCAUCGAGAUUGAACUCUUCAUGCUCACCUUAGGCCUGGGCGAUUUGGAUGUCCACGAGAACGCGAAAUACCCCAUCCUCUUCCUGCUGCUGCUCAUCUUCUACGUGGUCCUGACUUUCGUCCUCCUCCUGAACAUGUUGAUCGCGCUGAUGGGUGAGACGGUGGAGGACAUCUCCAAAGAGAGCGAACACAUCUGGAGGCUUCAGAGAGCGAGGACGAUCGUGGAGACGGAAAAGCUCCUGCCGAAAUUCCUGAAGAGGAAAUUCCAGCUCGGAGAAUGGUGCAAAGUGGCUGAUGGCGAUACCCGGUUGUGUUUAAGGAUUAAUGAAGUCAAAUGGACAGAAUGGAAAACGCACGUGACGUUCAUCAAUGAAGACCCUGGUUCAACAGAUUACACCAGAAUGCAAGAGACGUCGCGGAGUAACAGCAAAAUCACGUUGAAUACGUACGAAGAGGUUUACGACUUGCCAGAAACCUCUGUUUAG